AUGGACGGCGGGGGGGAGUGGCUGGAGGUGACCAAGGAGAACAGCAUCGCCACCGCGGGCGUGCUGGGCGGCGUCACGGGCCUGCUCUUGGGCGGCUUCUGGAUCGGCGCCGCGGGCUUCGUGGCGAGCUCCUACCUGGCCAAGAAGGAGGACAGCGAUGUUUCGUCAGUUCUCAAGGGCGUGUCCUCUGCUUCCCUCGAGGCGCUGAACUUUGCUGACUACCUGAACCAGAAGUACGAAGUGUCCACCAAGGUGGGCUCCGCGAUCACAGAGGCCAUCGACAAGAACGCGGAUUCCCAGGAGUCCCUGAAGUCUGUGAAGAGCUCCCUGGACACCGUGGGCGAUGCCAUCGAGAGCUUCGACAAGGACGUUGGCAUCAAGGACACCCUGGGCAGCGCUUUGCUGGCAGGCUCCGACCUGGCCAGCCAACUUGCCACCAAGGUCCUGGAGCUGAACGAGGAGUACAAGGUCACCGACCAGCUGAAGGCCAAGAUCGAUGAGGCCAUGGCAUCCUCCAAGAAGUCCUGA